AUGGUGUUGGAUGCUUCCGCUAAUGGAGCCAUUCUUUCCAAGUCUUACAAUGAAGCUUUUGAGAUUUUGGAAAGGAUAGCUAGCAACAACUAUCAAUGGUCAACUAAUAGAGCUUCUACAAGCCGAAAAGUAGCGGGUGUUCUUAAAGUAGAUGCUUUGACCGCUCUAACCGCUCAAAUGGCUUUAAUGACCAACACUUUGAAGAACAUGAAUAUGGGAGGAAGUGUACAACCAGCUGCUGCCAUUCAAAGGGCAGAAAUUUCUUGUGUGUAUUGUGGUGAUGGGCAUACUUUUGAAAAUUGCCCUUCAAAUCCAGCUUCAGUUUACUAUGUGGGUAAUCAAAACUUCAACAUCAACAACAAUCCAUACUCAAACUCCUACAAUCUGGCAUGGAAGCAUCAUCCAAACUUUUCAUGGGGAGGUCAAGGGGCAAGUUCAAGUGGAGCACAAGCACAAGGAAAACAAUCAUUUUCACCGGGAGUUUCUCAACAACCACACCAACCUCAAGGCUCUCAAACAAGUUCUUUGGAGAGUUUAUUGAGAGAUUAUAUGGCCAAGAAUGACGCUGUAAUUCAAAGCCAGGCAACAUCUCUUCGGAAUCUUGAAAUUCAAUUGAGGCAAUUGGCCAAUGAUUUGAAGAAUAGACCACAAGGCACUUUUCCUAGUGACACCGAAAACCCAAGAAGAGAUGGCAAAGAACAUUGCAAAGCGGUAAUCUUGAGAAGUGGAAAAAUUCUUGAGUCAAAUGUGCCUGCAACAGGCAGUAAAGAGCCCUCUUCAAUCCAAAAAGAGGGGGAAAUGAAGAAAAAACCAGCAAAUUCAACUGCUGAAAUUCCCCCAGUACUUACAGCAUCCGGUCAGCAUUCUGCUGUAGAAAAGUCUUUGCAAAAGCCACCUCAACCAUUUCCUCAACGGUUCAAGAAGCAACAUGACGAUAGUCAAUUCCAGAGAUUUCUUGAUGUUUUAAAGCAGCUCCGCAUCAAUAUACCAUUAGUGGAAGCUUCCGAGCAAAUGCCAACCUAUGUGAAGUUUUUAAAGGACAUUUUGACAAAGAAAAGGAGGCUUGGCGAGUUUGAAACUGUCGCUUUAAUAGAGGGCUGUAGUGCUAUGUUGAAAAGUAAAAUCCCAACCAAAUUGAAAGAUCCGGGAACCUUUACAAUUCCAAUUUCUAUUGGGGGUCGAGAUGUUGGAAGAGCUCUUUGUGACUUGGGAGCUAGCAGUAAUCUCAUGCCUAUGUCCAUUUUUAGGAAGUUGGCAAUUGGAGAAGCAAGGCCAACCACCGUCACUUUGCAAUUAGCGUAUCGUUCCAUGGCGCAUCCGGAAGGGAAAAUUGAAGAUGUGUUGGUACAAGUGGAUAAAUUCAUUUUUCCGGCCGAUUUCCUUAUUCUUGACUAUGAGGAAGAUAGGGAAGUUCCAAUCAUUUUAGGGAGGCCAUUUCUUGCCACGGGAAGAACUUUGAUAGAUAUUGAAAAGGGACAGCUUACCAUGAGAGCUCAAGAUGAGCAAGCCACGUUCAAGGUUUUCCAUCCCAUACGUGCUCCGGAUGCAAUAGGAGAAUGCUUAGCAAUUGGAGAUAUGGAUCCUAACAUGGUUGAGGAGUCCAAAUUAAAAAAUAGUAAGAAGGUGAGAAAGAAGAUUCCCCUUAAAGAAAUUGCUAAGGAUGACGAGCCGCGAGAAAGCAAAGACAAAACAUCAUUUGAACCUAAAAAACCACCCAAAAAGAAGAGAAAGAAAAAGAAGUUUAGUAGAAAAAUUUGGUCUCAAAUGUUUGAAGUUGGGAAACAAGUGAUUUUUGCUAACUCUUUAACGAAGGCUACUCAUGGAGGACUAGAUUCAAGGUGUUAUGGAUCUUUCUUGGUGGUGAGAGUGUACCCCGAUGGGGUGGUAGAACUACGUGAUGCACUUUCAAGAAGAAAAUUUUUGGUGAAAGGCCAAGGAGUGAAGUUUGGGGGUGGUGAGGUUGAUCGAGCAAAGACCUCCAUCACAUUGGAAGAGACUUGA